AUGGCCAAACACACAAUCUACCUUGUUACGUAUGACCGAGGCACGAACUCUGUCACCGACAAGAUCAAUCCAUACCAUUGGGCCUACUUCAUUCAAGUCGAGCUCACUUCCGGUGAAAACAUGGGAAUAGCUCACCAAUUGCGCGGCAUGCCUGGGUCCUUCUACUACAAGGGUCCGGAGAAGGUUGACCUCAGCAAGUCUGGACGAUUGAAGGAAGAGCUAGAGGUCGGCGAGGUUGGUUCAUCCAAGAUACAGAGAGUCCACGACAUUCUGAAGACCGUUCGAAUCGACAAGGUCGAGUCUUCUGGCUGGAAUUGCCAAGACUGGGCACUUGAAGGCUUUGAUCUUCUGAAGGCGGAAGGCUUUAUCUAUGAUCAUAUGGAGGCGAAUGCCGUGAAGGCCUGGCUCAAGGAAAAAUGA